GACAAUUUCGACCAAUGAUCAUCAUUAUCAUUGUCAAUCAUGAUUUAAUGGUUAGAUUGUUUUUUGUUUGAAUUCGUUUAUCUUCAUAGUGCCACUCAUAAAAUGGUGGAAGUAAAUGUAAAAAUAAAUCUACAACACCGAAUUUGAAUAAAACGCAUGCGUUAGAUAUGUAAAAGCCAAAAAUUCUUGUUUUUUGGAGAAAAUUAUCAACGGUUGCGAAUUAUAAUUGCAACACUGUGAUACAUUGGCUUUUAUUGUUGAUUAUGAUAAUCAACCACAACCACCACCAUUUAUUAUUAUCAUCAAAAAACAACAACAGCAACAUUAUCGAAAACAAAUUUUUCUCUUGUAUCAAAUGAAAACAUGUUAAAUAUUGAUUGGAUAUUAAUGAUAACGUUCAAAUGACGAUUUUAACAAAUCUAAUUAUCACUGAUAAACAACAUCAACAAAAAGUCGAAUAUUUUUUGACUUCCAAACGUCAAUACUCACAUUAUUAUAAUCAUUUUUCUCAUCUUAUAUCCAAUGGCUGCUGCUACAACUACUAUCGAUCCGAUUAAUGAAAAUGUAUCAAUUGAGCAGCAAUCAAAGGAAAAAAUUUCUAAUGCAGAACUUGAAUUGUUAGCAAAACUUGAAGAACAAAACAGACUGUUGGAAACAGAUAUGAAAUCAUUGAAUUCACUUCAUUCGGUUCAAUCGAACCAUUCACGACGAUCAUCAGAGACAUCUGAAAUAAGCAAUUCAGAACAAUUGAAUCAAUUGUGCAAUGGUAAUGCCGAUGAUAUAUAUCAAGUUUGGGGUCAGAUAGUCAAUGAUUGGGCCAACAUUUACAAGAAACAAAAAACUCUUGUUCAGGAUUUGGUUCGUAAAGGCGUUCCCACCAAUUUUCGUGGUUUAGUCUGGCAAUUGCUGUGCAAUGUCCAUAAUAACCGUGUUGUGAUACGAGAAAAAUAUGCUCCACUAUUGAAACUUUCUUCGCCAUGUGAAAAAGUCAUUAAAAGAGACAUUCCAAGAACAUUUCCCGAACAUGAAUAUUUCAAAGAAAAAGACUCAAUAGGUCAAAUCGGCUUAUUUAAUGUCAUGAAAGCAUACUCGAUCUAUGAUUCUGAAGUUGGAUAUUGCCAAGGAAGUGCUUUUGUCGUUGGUUUGCUAUUGUUGAAUAUGCCUGAAGAAGAUGCUUUUACAGUAUUUCAAGCUUUAAUGUAUGAUUAUCGUCUUAGAGAAAUGUUCAAACCAACCAUGGCUGAACUUGGUCUCUGUAUCUAUCAACUUGAAUGCUUAGUACAGGAACUUUUGCCCGAACUUUACAAUCAUUUUCAACAACAAAACUUUCAUACAUCAAUGUUUGCAUCAUCAUGGUUCCUUACACUUUUUACAUCUAAUCUUCCGAUCCACUUAUCCACAAGAGUAAUGGAUCUGUUCUUAUCAGAAGGCAUUGAUAUAAUUUUUCGUCUUUCUAUUGCAAUCUUACAACUUUGCCGUGAUGAUUUGCUUAAACUUGAUAUGGAAGGCUUGCUUAAAUAUUUUCAAAAAGAAAUGCCUUUACGAUGCGAUAUCGAUCCCGAUUAUUUAGUUCAUCUUGCUGUCAAUGUUAAAUAUGAUCAGAAAAAAAUGAAAAAAUUAUCCAAAGACUACCAAACAAUCAAAGCUAAAGAGCAAGAAGAACUGGUUGAAUUGCGACGAUUACGUACUGAAAAUCGAUUACUUCGACAAAGGAUUGAUAAUCUGGAACAAGAAAGCGGAGAAUUAGCGGACAAACUUAUACAGGGCCAAGUAAGCCGUGCUCAAGAAGCUGAAGAUAAUUUCGUAAUAAAACGGGAGCUUGCUGCCGCAAAAUUAUUGGAGCAAGAGUUACGAGGGGAAUUAGAGCAAGCAGCAAAUAAUAUAAUAGAGCUGAAAGAAAAACGGGAACUAAGCCAAUCACUGGAAAACAAAGAACAUCAACAAUUGAUUGAAUCAUUACAAGAGGAAUUGAUUGCUGUCAAAUUGCGUGAUGCUGAAAAUUAUGAAGAAAUGAAAACAUUGAGAGAGCGUAUUCGUCAACUCGAAGAAGAAAUCAAUCAUUUACGUCGUUUACCGGCUGAUCACGCUACAGCUAAAUUACAAGAUGAAUUGUUAGCCAUCAAAUUACGUGAAGCUGAAGCCAAUUUGAGCAUUAAAGAAUUGAAAGAAAAAAUUGCUGAAUUACGAACAAUGUGGAAUGAACAUAUGUCCGCUAUGCAUCCAGAAAGUGCCGAAUCAUCUCAACCAAAUAGUUUGGAAAAUGGUUCAAAUGGCAAUUCAUUAAAUAGCAAUAGCUUGAAUGGAACUUCAACUCCAUUACCUUCAUUGUCGGUUACGUCAAGUCCUUUGAAAAUACUCAACGCUGUUAAGCGUAGUUCCGAUCAAGCAGCCGAAAUAAACAAACUCAAAACAGAACUUAUGUCAGCAAAAUUAAGAGAAGCUGAAGCAUUUUCUGAUUUGAAAGAGUUACGUCAAAAAGUAAUGGAACUUGAAACCCAAAACAAUGUCACUAUGAACCAGAUCAGACGUCAAGCAGAUGAGAUGAAAAAAUUACAAGAACAAUAUGAUGAUGUCCUCGAACGAGAACGGCAAGCGCAUACGUUAUUGAACAAAGAAAAAAGUAAAUUUUCCGAUUUAGAUUUUCAAAUGAAAGAACAGCAAAUGAUGAAACGAAUCAAGGAGUUGGAACAAACGCAAUUAGUGGCCGAAUUGCGGCAAAAGAUAAGCUCACUUGAAACAAAGAUUGAAGAAUAUGUGACCAAAUUAAAAUUAAGUGAAAGUGAUAUCGAACCACAGAAUAGUGGCGAAUUAUCCGAUCGUAUGGCUGAACUUCAAACGGAAAUGUUUCGUCUUGAUGUCACUAAUAAAAAAUUGCAUACAAUGCAACAGCAAAAUCUAAUUGAACAGAAUGGUGAAAUCUAAUCAUUAUAUUUGACCAAAAUCUAUGAUAACAAGACAAAUCAAAUCCAUCCACCGCAAAUUAAUUAAAUAACCAUCAAUCUGAUAGUAUAUAUUACAGUGAGAAUUGUUUGUAAAAAACAAAAGUUGAAACAACUCUGACCAAAAUUAGAGACCAAAAAAUCAUAUGUGAUAUAUAAUAUACAAAUGAAAAUAAUGAGCAAAACAAAAUUCUAUUAAUUAAAAUAAUAUUGUUGUAGUCAGUUGAAUUCUGUUUUAUAUUAUCAUCAUUCUAUCUAUUUAUAAAAAAAAUUAAUUAUAAUGAAAAUUAUAUGACAAAAGUCGUUUUUCUAAUUUUAAUUUUAUUCUCUCUCUCUCUCUCUUUGUGUAUCUUGAAACUUUGAUUAUGACCACACACACACUAUUACACACAACCAACAAAUUGUUUUUUUUUUUUUUAUUAUGAAUUAUAAUAAUUAUUAUCUA